AACAUUCCAAAGACCCAAGCCUGACGUUGACGCCACACAACCAGGAAAUCUGUACAAGUUGAGGACGAUCGAAUAUAUUUUACAUAGACAAUGGCCUACAGGAUGCCAUCAGAUUCCAGAAUAUAUGUCGGAAAUUUACCACCAGACGUUAGACAAAGAGAUAUAGAAGAUUUAUUCGAAAAAUAUGGAAAUAUUCGUUACAUUGAGUUGAAAAAUAGACGCGGUCCGCCAUUUUCCUUUGUCGAGUUUGAAGAUCCAAGAGAUGCUGAAGACGCUGUUCGGAAGAGAGAUGGCUACAACUAUGAUGGCUACACAUUGAGGGUUGAGUUUCCGCGAGGAGCAAGGGGCCCCCCAAGUUUUGGUGGAGGUGGCGGUGGCAGAGGAAUGUUUGGUGGUGGAGGUGGUGGCGGUAGAGGCCCACCUUCCAGGAGGUCUGAGUACCGAGUCCUUGUUUCAGGACUUCCUGGCUCUGGCAGCUGGCAGGAUUUGAAGGAUCACAUGCGUGAGGCAGGUGAUGUGUGUUAUGCUGAUACUUACAAAGAUGGCACAGGAGUGGUGGAAUUCUUGCGCAAGGAAGACAUGCAAUAUGCUGUACAAAAUCUGGAUGACUCAAAGUUCAGGUCACAUGAGGGAGAAGUGUCAUACAUUAGAGUGAAAGAGAAUUACAGCAGUAGUAGCCGUAGCAGGUACUCGCGAAGCCGCAGCCGAAGUUUAAGUCGUAGUCCACGCAGAAGGAGGUCUCCAGGAAGAGGGUCCCCAGACUACUCGUCUGUACAGAGGAGGCGGAGGUCUCGGUCCCGAUCGUGAAGGAUCUCAUUUGUCCUUUCACAUCAUUAAACACGGGUGUGGUCAUCGUGUCAUUUCAUAUAAAGCUUUUCUUUUCAACAGUAAUACUUGGAAUGUCUAGAGAUACUGCAUUCAGUCCAAAAUGGCAAUCAUAAUUUUGGUUGGAUUUUAGUGUAUUUUAAAUUUCCUAAUUAGAAUUCAUGCAUUCAAAUCAUGCCAAAUUCAUGAUCACAAGUACAUAGAGCAGAAUUGGUGCGGAAUCCCACUUUAGUGAGGCUGAAUUAGGGUCUGUCAUAUAUUUUGUCCACCGCAAAGAAGGCCAUUCUGUCUCCGUAGAAGUAAUGGAAGGAAGAAAAUAUUUGCUUGUGGUUUCAAAACAAAAGUUACCAAUUGUUAACAUUACCUGUCAAAAACUAGCUAAAAUGAAUUGAACUCUCCACUGAACAAGAUGAAAAUCAAAGAUAUAUAAUACUAUAAACAUUACAGUGCAUUGUGCAAGUGUUAUGUUUGCAAAGGAGUUAGGUUUGCUCUAUUCAGGGCAUGCUUCAAAAUCGAAGCCCAAGAAUUUCAUUUUCAUUAGAGUUCUUACUAUUUCUAAAGUGAAGAGAUAUUGACAAUCAAUGAUUAUUUUGCACAAAAAUUUGACUAAGUAUUUUGGAUUUUACAUAAGAAAAGAACUAUACAUAGGUAAAUAAUGAAAAGCAUGAUCAUCAAUGUUUUUAAAAGGAGGAGUGCCUUACGAAAUCAAAGGUUUCACAAGUGACUGCUACUUAUUAUUAAUCAUUUCUUACACAGUCAUGGAAUUACAGUCCCGCUGUCAAUCAUAUGAUCAAGGGUCGUCCACAACAGUCUCUGUCCAAUUAGGGAUUGUGGAUCCAGGAGUUUGUUGCUUCCAAUUGGAUAUGAUGGAGGCGGGGAGUGACUGUUUACUCCUGACAUCCUUUUCAUUGGAGGUGAUGAUGGUUUUGAAGUUGGAAGGAAUGGGAUAAAAUAGUGGAUUGGAUGGAUUUAGGAUAGGGAAAUUGGAUAAAAGAUGGAUAAUGGACCGAAUGGAGAUAGGAGGAUAAGUUUAGGAUUUUUUUCCAUGGAAAUAGUUUGGAAAAUUGAAAGUAUUAAAGAUAUAGGACCAAAUGGAGAUAGUGGAAAAUAUUUAAGGAUUUUGCCCUUAAACCUAAGUUUGGAAUUGGUUUGGAUAAUUGGAAUUAGGACCGAAUGGAGAUUGGAGGAAAGUAAAAGGACCGAAUGGCAGUUGGAGGAAUUGUCUUUUUUUUUCUGAAGUAUUGGAUAAAAUUGGAGGAAUUAUGAAUAAGAUGGAUUUGGGAGGGACCGAAUGACGAUUGGAGGAAUUUUAGAUAAAGUGGAUAUGGGAGGGACCGAAUGGCGAUUGGAGGAAUUUUAUUUGAUAGACAGUUUUUGGUUCUGAAAAAAAAGAUUGGAUUUGGAUUUUGGACGGAAUGGAAUUUGGAGAUUUUUUUUUUCCUGCAAAAAUUUUGGAAAGAUCUGGAUCAGUGGACCAUUUGGAGAUUGACAUAUUUAAUGUCAAAUAUUACAGGGAGUUUGCGAAGUUUUAGAUAGAUUUUAUGGCUGCAUAUAGAUAAACCCAGUACAAAGGACAUUUAAACAGAAAUUUCAUAUUUCUCAUACCUGUUUUGAUAUAAUAAUUGGGAAAACCUGAACGUUCUGUUCAGAAGUUGUUUUUAAUAUUAUAAUGUGGUUUGAAUUCUUAAAUCAACAUAUUUUAUGCGUGCAUAAAAGCUUGUUUUUAUUAUUUUAUCCUUGAUUUUCAUUAUGGCACACAUAACAUUAAUUUGGAAAAAGUGUUUUGUUUUUAUGUAUGGAAUUUGUUUAACAUUCAUCCUGAUUAUUUUUAAUGGAUGUUUAAAUUGCAUCAGUCUAUUUUUUGUCCCUGUGCAGACACAUUCCUAUGAAUAACUAAAGACAUUUCUCUCAUGAUUUAGUGAGAGUAAUAUGGAGUGGCUAGGAAGUUUUUUUCCCUCCAAAACUGCUUACCAAAUGUAUUCAACACAACAAUUAGGACUGUGAAACAAAGAAAAAGGAUGGAAAGAGGGACAAAAAAUAGUUCCAUGUAGCUUUAGUCUGGAACUGUUCAGAAGUUUUGGAGUUGGUUGAAAACAGGACCAUCUGAUGUUCUAUAUAUUUUUCAAUUUUUUUUUUUUUUUUACCGUACAUCAUGUCUUUGUGGUUUUUAUUUUUACAAUACAGAGUAAGUAAGGAAAUCAUUGUCAAGUCAUUUAUUGCACAUAAUUUCAAAGUAAUGGUCUUGUAUUGUUCUUAAAUUGUCAGCCAUAAACUGCAUUGUUUUGUCACUUGCUUCUUGCUGUAUAGAAUAAAGGAUAUUUUAUGGC